AUGUUCAAACGGCCUUUUUACUUUUCUCUCGCGGCAACUUUUGCCUGCAUAGCAUAUUUAUAUGCCGGAACGUCACCACAGGGCGAAGAAAAUCACGUCGCUAAAAAGAUUGGAGAAUGGCGUGGAAAGAAUAACACUGUCUUGUUUGUCACGAAUAGUGAACAUGGAUUUGCAAAUGUCUUUUUGGCAACUAGUCAUGCUUUACUCACGGAAUACAAUGAUCUCGACAUCCAUUUCGCCACGUUUGAAAAACUAAAAGAUGACAUUACUAUGAUCUCUAAUUUCGCACUAAACACGGGAAGUAAAAGAACUAUUACUUUCCACGAAUUGAAAGGUCCAUCAUACAAGAAAUUUUUGAACGGUGGUGGCUUCAAAGUUGAUUCGGCGAUCAACUCACCUUCACUCGCGGAUUUCAACAGAUUUUGCAGUAAUUUGGAAAAAAUGGUGAUGCCCUGGACAGCUCCCGAUUAUCUUGAUAUCUACAAAGAGAUCUCUGAUAUAUUGGAGACUGUAGAUCCGAGUAUUGUGGCUGUAGACCCAGUGUUUGGUCCGGGCGUUGAUGCUGUGAGAGCCCAGGGACGUAAUCAUGUCAUUAUCUCACCAAAUACUCUGAAAGAUAGUUUUGCAAAGUAUCAACCUUGGGGAGCUGUACUUUGGAAGUAUCCAGUUUUAAGUUCCGCAUUCCCAUAUCCAGUGCCCUGGCACCUUAUCCCUUCAAACAUAUACAGGAACCUGCGUCUCGCAUACAGCGUGCUAUUCGCUCCAACUACUUCUUCCAAGCGCGCAUAUCUUAAAGAAAACGGAAUUGCAAAACCCAUGGAUUUUUUCACUGUCUAUCACAAGGACUAUCCAUGGAUAUCUCAAAGUUCUCAAGAACUCGAAUAUCCUCUCGACAUAAUUCCUGAGAAUGUAGUCCAAUGCGGGCCCAUUUUUCUCUCGACAGCAACAGCCGCAGAACAAGAUCCAGAAUUAUCUGAAUGGCUUAAUAAUUCUCCAACAGUAUUGAUAAAUCUAGGAAGUGUGGUAGACUACGACCACAAUGCCGCAACCGAAAUGGCAAAAGCGAUCAGAAUUCUGCUCGACAAUACUACCGUCCAGGUACUAUGGAAAUUCAACAAACGCCACCCAUUCACCGAUGAAUUCCUCGAUAUAAUCUCUCCGGAUCUCGAAUCAGGACGUAUAAGGAUGUCCGAAUGGAUAAAAGUCGAUCCGGCGGUAUUGUUAGAGACAGGAAAUAUCAUUGCUUCGGUCCAUCAUGGAGGAGCAAAUUGUUUCUAUGAAGCUAUUGGAACGGGUAUUCCUCAAGUCGUAUUACCCCUGUGGGUUGAUCUUUAUGAUUAUGCAGUAAAGGCUGAGUACUUGGGUGUGGGGGUUUGGGGUAGUAGGAAGGCGGCUCCUUAUUGGAAAGCGGACGAAUUAAGCACUGCAUUUUUGCAAGUCGUAGGAGAUAGCGAAGAGGCAAUUUCGAUGCGCAAAAAAGCAAGGGAAUUAAGUUUACCAUACAAAGCAAAGCCAGGUCGCAUAACCGCGGCUCACGAACUGGCAAAAUUAGCACGAUCCCCAGGCUCGUCCCUGUGA